GCGGGCGGCGGGCGGCAGGCGAGCCGGCGCAGGAGCAGAAGGAGGGGAGCCGCGCCGCCAGAGAGGGAAGCCAGGGCGAGGCGAGGAGGUGGCGGGAGGAGGAGACAGCGCGGAAAGGUGUCACAUAAAGGAGGGCGCUCCUCCGCUUCGGAGGCAUCAUGGCCGCUAAAUCAGACGGGAGGCUGAAAAUGAAGAAGAGCAGCGACGUGGCGUUCACCCCGCUGCAGAACUCCGACCACUCGGGCUCGGUGCAGGGAUUGGCUUCGGGCUUGCCGUCGGGGUCGGGAGCCGAGGACGAGGAGGCGGCGGGGGGCGGCUGCUGCCGGGACGGCGGCGGCUGCUCGCGCUGCUGUUGCUGCUGCUGCGCCGGGAGCGGCGGCUCGGGCGGCGGCUCCGGCUCGGGCGGCCCCGGCGGCGGCGGCGGCGGCGGCGGGGCGGGCUCGGCGGCGCUGUGCCUGCGCCUGGGCAGGGAGCAGCGGCGCUACUCGCUGUGGGACUGCCUCUGGAUCCUGGCCGCCGUGGCCGUGUACUUCGCGGACGUGGGCACGGACAUCUGGCUCGCCGUGGACUACUACUUGCGCGGCCAGCGCUGGUGGUUCGGGCUUACGCUUUUCUUCGUGGUGCUCGGCUCGCUCUCGGUGCAAGUGUUUAGCUUCCGCUGGUUUGUGCACGAUUUCAGCACCGAGGACAGCGCCACAGCCGCCGCCGCCUCCAGCUACCCGCAGCCUGGAGCGGAUUGCAAGACAGUGGUCAGCAGCGGGUCUGCAGCCGCGGAAGGCGAGGCUCGUCCUUCCACGCCGCAAAGGCAAGCAUCCAACGCCAGCAAGAGCAACAUCACCGCCGCCAGCAGCCGGGCCGGCGGCAAACACAGGUCUGCGUCCUGCUCCUUCUGCAUCUGGCUCCUGCAGUCACUCAUCCACAUCUUGCAGCUCGGGCAGAUCUGGAGGUAUUUCCACACAAUAUACUUGGGCAUUCGAAGUCGGCAGAGCGGGGAGAAUGACCGGUGGAGGUUCUACUGGAAGAUGGUCUAUGAGUACGCAGACGUGAGCAUGCUGCACCUGCUGGCUACCUUCCUGGAGAGCGCCCCCCAGCUGGUGCUGCAGCUCUGCAUCAUCGUGCAGACCCACAGGCUCCAGGCCCUCCAAGGUUUCACAGCAGCCGCCUCCCUUGUGUCCUUGGCCUGGGCCUUGGCCUCCUACCAGAAGGCCCUCCGGGACUCCCGCGACGACAAGAAGCCCAUCAGCUACAUGGCCGUGGUCAUCCAGUUCUGCUGGCACUUCUUCACCGUGGCGGCCAGGGUCAUCACCUUCGCCCUCUUCGCCUCGGUGUUCCAGCUCUACUUUGGGGUCUUCAUUGUCCUGCACUGGUGCAUCAUGACCUUCUGGAUCGUGCACUGCGAGACCGAGUUCUGCAUCACCAAGUGGGAGGAGAUUGUGUUCGACAUGGUCGUGGGCAUCAUCUACAUCUUCAGCUGGUUCAACGUCAAGGAAGGGAGGACCCGCUGCCGCCUCUUCAUCUACUACUUCGUGAUCCUUUUGGAAAACACGGCCUUGAGCGCCCUCUGGUACCUCUACAAGGCGCCGCAGAUCGCAGACGCCUUCGCCAUCCCCGCGCUGUGUGUGGUGUUCAGCAGCUUUUUGACUGGCGUGGUUUUCAUGCUGAUGUAUUAUGCCUUCUUUCACCCCAACGGACCCCGAUUCGGGCAGUCACCAAGUUGCGCUUGUGAGGACCCGGCCGCUGCCUUCACUCUGCCCCCAGAGGUGGCCACCAGCACCCUGCGGUCCAUCUCCAACAACCGCAGCGUCGCCAGCGACCGCGACCAGAAAUUCGCCGAGCGCGAUGGGUGCGUACCUGUCUUUCAGGUGAGGCCCACGGCCCCGUCCACGCCCUCCUCCCGCCCGCCACGGAUUGAAGAAUCCGUCAUUAAAAUUGACCUGUUCAGGAAUAGGUACCCGGCGUGGGAGAGACACGUUUUGGACCGAAGCCUCCGAAAGGCCAUUUUAGCCUUUGAAUGUUCCCCCGCUCCUCCGAGGCUGCAGUACAAAGACGAUGCUCUGAUUCAGGAGCGCCUGGAGUAUGAGACCACUUUAUAAAACGCCAAGAUACGGAGGAGCCACAACCUCCACAGGAAGGGGUGACGGAGGGGCUGUGGCGCUAAGGAACUCCGCCCUGAGCGGGGCAGCGCGUGGGAGCUUCCCAGGCCGGCCGGGUUGGGCUCAGCCUUGGACCCUGGGUCAGCUGACUACCCGCCGCUGGCCUCCUUUCAAAAGCAUCCCCGAGAGCCUGCGGCUGCCCCUGAAAAGCCAGGCCAGCCCAGCGGGGACUCCCUGUUGCUCCCAAUCCCUCUGUCCCGUCUCUCAGCGUAUCCACCCCAGGGGUACUUAGUAUGGAAAGGGUGCCUCCAAUCCGUAGGGUGUUCUGAUGGAGUUAACUGAUCUUUGCAUAAAAUCUGCUGAGUCAUACACACACGUCCUCUGUCACAAUAGCUUAGGUGAUUUUUCUUGAUGCAAAGCUCUGAUUCCCACAGGAAUAGAAAAACAGAGAGAGAGAGGAAAAACAAAAAACAAAAAAACAAAAAACACAUCCCUCAAAGACUCCAGAAAGACAAAAACAAAAAUUAGCACUGCUUAGAAAGAAUUCAUAAAUCAUUCUCACGUGGAAACCAAUCCCCUAUCUGAAAAGUCUCUCCAAUGGACAGAAAACCCAAGUGGGUUGACACACGUAUUAGAAUGGAUGGAAUGGUUCAUUUUCAACACGUUUUGGGAUUUCUUUUUUCAUUUUAAAUUUUCAGUUGAGAACAUCUUUUAUGACAGAAAUCCUAUGCAGCCCAUGGAUGGCGUUUGACAAGAACAAGGAGCUCAGUGAUGUAAGUUCAGUGAUAAUCAGGAUUCAGUAUUCAAUGGCAACAGGUUAAUCAAUACACAAAGAGAAAGCAGAGGGGAACUAAAAAGGCAAAAUGAGUGUCCGAUUUCCCGGCCUGCGCAGCUCGCGUGGAAAGGGCAGGGCAGAGUGGCAGGAGCCAGGAGCUGGGGUCAGGUCUGGGAACAGAGGCUCUGUGGGAUGGCGGGCAGGCGAGAAUCCAGAACAGGCCAUGCCACUCCCUUCUAGUGCCAAACACCAUCCAGCCAGGACUGACCAGGAAGCUCUGACCGGCUGGGUUUGAGUGGCGCGAGCCCCACCAAAGCAGAAGAGAGCACGAACAAUCAAGUUCUCCACUGUGUAGCUGCCCUCCCCCAUCCAAGAUCAAAGUGAUGGGUCUUAUAGAGGCUUUGGGACACGUUGUAGUAAGUCUGAGCAGACAGCUGCCGUGAGCAUGCUAUGAGAAAACCCUUCCGAACUGACUGAGGGCUUUACCACUAGAUCCAGCUAAGAUCUGUAUUCGAAUCACGUGUAAAGCUUCUGGGUUUUAAAUACCUCCGUCCAGCAAGUAAACGUUCCCCACUUUCUGUUCCCAGUGUCCUUGGUCAUGGUGCUUUUUGUUGCAUUAAAAGUGCCGGUCAAACUUUGAUAGUAUUUUUUUAUAGUUGGUGCAGAGUGGAAUAACUCAUGGAUUAUUUCAAUAUUUUUGUAAUAAAAAAAUAUAGGGUAUUCAUAUAGGCAUCAUUACUUUUUUUAUAGACCUGGAAUUGUUUAAAAGUACUUUAAGCAUCGUCAUUGCUUGGGAUGUCAGAAAAUGGUCCACAGAUCCCAUCAGCCUACCUUGGCAGAUUGAGAAUGCUUGUCUCUUGCAAAAUCACCCUACUUUGUAAUGCCGGUGCCCAACCUGGCCAGGGGUGCUAUCAGAAUAUCAGGUGACAGGAGAAGCAGCUUAACUAGAAAGGGCUUGUCAAGACUGGCCAAUGUUUCCCAGGAAAUCAAAGAUGUAAAUGAUUCCUUUUUUCCAUCCAUUAUGACAAAGCUGACCACAGUGGAAGAUGUCUUAAACUUCCUUCCCUGGUUUUAUAUUAACCCAAAUAUUAUAUUAACCUAAAUAUUAGUCAAGUCACUUUAAAAAAAAAAAAGUCAGUUUAAGUUAAUUAUACAGCUAUUUGGACCAUCCAGGUCACUUGAAACAGUCAAGUUCUAAAGUCACCACUCAGAAUCGGUGUGUCAUAAGGAGACGGCUAGUCUUAUCAUGACACCCAUGGGUAGUGACAGAGGGCUCAACCUAGGACUUCUUUUGGUACAAAGCCCCAGAGCAAUGUUUUAAAUGUAGACCGUUUUUAUCAGUAGAUCUAUUUUCCUAGUACUCCAUGAUUUGAUCCUCCAAGCAAGAGUCCACUAAAGAAAUAACAAUCUUUUGUUUGGAUGUAAAACCAUUAUCUGGUCACCAGUAAAGGCGCAGGGAGAGGCUCCUCUUGUCAACAAGUGGAGAAAAGAUUCCACUCCACUGUAGAAGGAAAAUAAACAUGAUUGUAUGGGCAAAUUCUUCAGUUGGGGGCAGAACCAUGAGUUAGUUGUUAUUCCUUCCAAGACAAGUUUGAAUUGAUGAUCUUUGGAAAUUGAAUUGCUCAGUUGAAUGAUACGUUUGAUCCCAUGAGUAAGUAGCAGAUUUUGGUAAUGUCAGUCAACACAAACCCGACAGCCCCCAUCACUCUUCGAUCAUGAAAGUCCUAAAUGGUUUCUCGACUUGAUCCUUCAUUUAAUGUGUGAAAAGUCAAAAUGAGUGCUAUGUGAAUAAAAAAAAAAAUGAUGUAUUGUGCUUUGUCUUGGAGGUGAGAAUGCAGCAGGAGGAUGCAAGAGGUUUGAAUUUAUCAAUGAUUUCCCAAAUACUAUAAAUACUGUGUUACCCAACUUCCUUGGAGAUUAUGAUGUGUUAGUCAAAAAUUCUUACUAAAGCAAAGACAUCUCCAUGGGGUUAUAAAUCACAAACUUUCUCAACGUGACAAACAAGAAACAAAAAUUAUUUCUGAGGAAAAUCAGGACUUAAUCUUGCUUCCGUGAUUCAGAAGGCACUGCUUUGCCAGCAGACCAUGUCAUAAUAAGAACUUUUAUUAGUUUCUAGAUACACCAACAACAGAGAGUUUAAAGUAUUAGGAUUUAAAAAGACAUCAUCAAUCUAUAGGGAACAAAGUUUGACUUUUGUAUUUAUAUUUAAGUUCUUCUUAAGAUUUUAUUUUCAAUGUACCCGUAAACCCUCCAUAGAGAGUAACUCAAGAAUCCAAAAGGAAUAAGCCGUGAUCAGCAGACAAACUGGAAAUGCUAGAUUCUUUUUUUAUCUGUGGUGAGUCUACUUGAUUCCUUGUGGGGGGUGUGGAGGGUGCUCUUAGUACUUGAUUUUUGCAUCUGACCAUGACAUUUUCUAAAAGAAAAUAUUAUAAAAUUUUUUUCACUUUUAAAUUAGCAUUUCUAAAUGAUACCUUAUUUAAGAGAAGAAACUUAUGUAUUUUAACCACAUUGAGACUUUAAGUAUUUGUGUGGAAGAAAAAAAAAUUUCCAUUGUAAGUCAAAAUGUGGUCCCCCCAAAUGACUAUGUCCUUUAAAUCUUUUCCCAUUUCCACUGUCCUACUUAACUAUGUACCGCCUAGUUCAGUAACCUUGACCUCGAAGACACUCUGUUACUAUUCAUUUAGGAUGUUGCUGUGAACUCAACAAAUGAAAUAAAUUCUCCUACUGACAUGGCAAGAACUGGCAAUUCAAGUAUUAGCCAAAGAUAAAACACAGAGAUAAUCUGAAGACAAAAGUAUAUUGAAGUAUUUAUACUUAAUUUCUAAAUGCCCAAUUUUCUUGACUCUAUGAAUAAACGACGUAAUAGCACUAGCCAAUUAAGCAAAUAGGAAUAAUUGACUCCCAAUAACUUUUUAAAAAAACAUCGUAUAUAUGUGUGUGGGGUAUAGAUAACAUACACGUUAUAUAUAAUACAAACACACACACACACAGCUAAAGUAGCAGGUAAAAAGAGUAAAGUAUGUAUUGCCCUUCCAUGCCCUAUUGACACAUGAACUUCUAGAUAAAAAGCCUUUUCCCCGCUCCUUUUCAGCGUCAGCCCAAGCUGAUGAGUCCAUGUCUCUAAGACAUCAACACACUUCUGAGCUUCGGUUGGAAAUACCUAGAAUUAGGUUGGAAUUGAGCACUUUUAGCUUGUACAAGCUUUCCCACUCCUCAAGGAUCUCAUCUUUUAAGCAGUUGACUAGAAUAGUUUUGAAUCAUUUCAAAGUUUCUCUCUCUAAAUAGACUGAAUGGAGCAAAGAAAACCCCCAGUGUCCUUAGCAGGAUUACAUAAGGUUAUUUAGUUGCCUUUAACUGAACCAAAUGCCAUUGAGUGGAAAAAAGUUCUGACACACUAUUUGGCCAAGAAUCCAGAAUUUUUUCUUCCAACCAACCAUUUUUCUAGACAAAAUAUCCGUUCCCCUGCAUUCUCAGAAACUUUUGCCGUUAGCUGUUCCUGUUUCUAUAGAAAGCCUGGCUGAGGUGCCUGCAUCUUUAUGUUUCUAAGCAGAAUUCCUUUCAGCCUUUAAAAAAAUAGCUCAGGCUGUCUUUCAGAAAAAAAUAGCUCAGAAGAUGGUGGAUAUGCAAGAUGCAGACACAGCAGCACUGAGCUGGUCGUCCCUCUAAUUUCAGUGAUGGAUGCAGAUCAGCUCACGUUCACUUAUCUUCAGCAACCCGAUGUCACUUUUGAAAACAAUCAAAAUGAUGGCUUCUGCCAGCUUGUGACACAUAAUACUUUUUCUCCCCAUCUGAAGCAGAAGCAGUCAAAGUGGCUAAGGAUGGUCCAUUUCCCUCUUCCACCUCCACCCCACCCCCCAUUUCCAAGUCUCUGGCCCCGACCUUCAUCCCGCUGGGAAACCACCUUGACUGUUGGGUGGCACCCCCUCUCCUCACUCUGGCAGGUGGCACUGUCCACUGCAGAGUGCUCUCUGUGGACAUGUGUCUUGUCCAGUAGCUGUCCUAAAAAUGGGCCCAUGGAAAGGUGCAGUAAGUGUCUGCGAUCACCAGCCUCAAAGCUAAAACUCUGUGGAAUGUGGAUGGAAUUGUAUAAAAACACGAUGAGCCAUUUAAUUUUGCUAAUUGUAGCAAUUAGGCGAGCUCCACACCGCCUGCUCUCACAGCAGAAAGCCAAAUGGAAGAAGUGGCAAACAGCCAUUUACUCACAGAAAUGAGGGGUUCAGAAACUCUCCCUUGAGUGUUUGAGGCAUCACAUUGUUUCCCUAUCCAUCUGAAGCUCUUUCUCUAGAUUCCAUAAGAAAAAAAAAAAAACAAAAAACAGACCUGUAAUAUUGCAUGCAGUGAUCUAGCUAAGAAAUGUAAAACUGCAGCCUUACAUUCUGCAAAACAAGGGGCAUGUUAGUGUCUCUGAAACGUCUAGUUGCUUUGCUAAGAUCACAUCCAUGUAUGUGAACAUAACUCAGAAACACUGAUUGAAUCAAGUUUUUGCUUUGGCUUCCCCACCCCAUCCCCCUGCAAGACUUUAUGCAGUUGACUCCCCAUUUUGAUGGUAGAUUUCUAUGCCUAAGAGCAGAUUGUGUGCCCGGGCUGUGCAAAUGAGCUUUAUCUAAUGAUUCCAUCCCAUUCUCAUAGCCAUCUGUGCAUUAGGUACCAUGUACCGAUGACAAAACUUAAGCUCAGAGGUAUCAAACUAUCCAGGAGUCCCACAGCUAAGAAACAGCAGAGCUGAGGAUUGAAUACACCUUGUAAUGAUGUCUAACAACUGCAAGUCCUUCUAGAAAACCAAGGAAUGUUUUCCCACCAAAAUCGCUUCCUGAGGUAGCAAGGGCUCAAGAGAAACAAAAACAUGGUUUGACAAUCAAAUGUUUCAAAGAAAAUUUCAUUUAAAAGUCAAGGAUGUUUUUCAAACAGCAAGUUAAAAAUGCAAAAGGACGCAUGGAUUAUUUUAUAAUCCAACCCAACCAAUAUUUGAUAAGAAACAGAAGUCUCUUCCUCCAGGCACUGAAUUUUAUUGCAACUACCUAAGUCACAGUAGGCAGAUGAAUGCUUCCACGCCAGACAACUGUCACCCCAUCCCCAUGGCCCCACCUGGCACUGAGUGCAAGUGAUAAAUAAAAAUUAACCUGACGUUUUUUUCCUUGUAUUGUCUACAUGUACACUAAUCUCAUCCAGUUACGCAGACUAAAAAAAAUAGCUCAACCCCCACCAUUGACCUUGACCCUCUGGCUGGAAAAAAUAAAUAAAUAAAUAAAUAUAUAAAACACGGAGAGAGGAAGGAAGAAGGAAAGAAGGAUCUAACAAAUCUUUGAGUGACUAUAUUUCCAUAGUAUAAGGGAAUUCUGUUCCAUCACCAUAAUUUCCCCCUAGAUUUUCUUUUCUUUUGUGUGUGUGUGUCUUUUUGCCUUUUCUAGGGCCAUUCCCAUGGCAUAUGGAGGUUCCCAGACUAGGGGUCUAAUCGGAGCCAUAGCUGCUGGCCUACGCCAGAGCCUCAGCAUCUCGGGAUCUGAGCCGCAUCUGUGACCUACACCACAGCUCAUGGCAACGCCAGGUCGUCAACCCACUGAACAAGGGCAGGGAUCGAACCUGCAACCUCAUGGUUCCUAGUCGGAUUCGUUAACCACUGAGCCACGACGGGAACUCCUAAAUUUUCUUUAAUGUCUCACAAGUCACAAAAUGUAAUACCUGGGAGGAUGUAUUUACCACAAGCUGAGCCAUCAGAUAAAUCUAGGCAGCUCAUCUUAAUGGAAAGUUUACCCUAACUGAUAGAGCAAACGUUUACCAAAUAUUUGUUGAGUUGGAUCAUAAAAUAAUGUAUGUGUCCUUUCUCUUCUCUGCUUAGGUGUCAAGUGUCCUGGUCUACAGGAUGACAGGGUUGUGACCCAUUCAGUGAUGUUGCUGGGUACAAAGCUGUAUGUGUGUGUGUGUGUGUGUGUUGGUUAAAUUCAUGCUCAAAAGGUAGCCAACAGUGAGCCCAAACUUUUCUCAACCUUGCUGUUUAUUUUAAAAAGCGUAUGUAGAGAUCAAUCUUAAUAUAACAUAUUAAAGAUGCAAGCGAUCAUCUGUCUUCUCCUCCCUCAAUAUGAUUUAAGCAGCUCUUUGUGAAGUGAGGUUAAAUUCUGAGUCACUAGUUUCUAUAAAAAAAAAAAAUAGCAUCUAAACAAGAUUUUAGUGUCACUGCAGCCCACUUCUUUCAGAGACAAGUGCACCUAAGGUCCAAAGAGACCAGGGUUUUUUUUAUCACCAGGAUCUUUCAGCCACUCACCUAUCAAGCAUGAGCUCUAGGCCUCCACUGCCAGACAAUACACAAUCACGCCAGAGGGAAUUCCAUAUUUCAACAGCUCACACUUUGGUUAUCGGUUUCAGAAGAGCCUUUUGACUUCAGCUCUCAAUCUUUCUACCCUACCACACUGCUUCUCUUUUAACAUCUAUAUUUAACACUAUACCAGGGCAAUGAAGACACACAAGCUUUUCCAAGGUUGUAUUAUGUAAGCCUCACAAUACACAAUUAGCCCUCACAAUGGCCAACAUAAGAGAAUGAUGUAAAUAGAAAGAUAAGUCAACAACGGAUGACUGCCUAUAAAGAGAAAGUUAUUUAAUAAUUUGUGUUUAUGCCUCUCCAAUACUAGAUAUCUUUAAAUCAAGGCCACAAAGCAACAAAAGAAAUUGGUAUGCUCUUGUGGCACAUGGCAUUUCACUCGAAACCAUCACCUCUGAAUAAGCUUUGGAGAGAUAUUCCUGAGAAUUUCUUUAAAGAAGAGAUGUGAAAGUAGGAUGACUCUGAAAUAUCUGAAAAUUACUCUCGUUGGCACUUUUCUAACCUUCAGGAAACAUCCUUUAUGAGCAGGUAUGAUACUUCUUUGUCCCAGUCACCAUUCUGGUUUUUAAUGGAAUGGCUCGUUCUGGCCACAGAUGAAUGGCAGAGGGACCGUCAGGUAGAGAGAAUCAGGACCCAGAGGGAGGAGAGUGCACAUGGGACAUGCAGGCUUAUAAAAGAUCCCCCUUUUCUAUGAGCAUUAGAGAACCCUUGCAAAGAUACCUCUCUGUAUAUAAGAGUUAGAUGUCAUGGUAGCUCCAGCAUAUACAUUAUUUAGAAACAACAGAUUUGCAGACGUAAACCUCAGUUAUGGCAAACUGAGGGCCAUUCUGAAGCACUGGCCCAGAUGAUCAGAGGAGCAACACUGAACCUCAUGGCCUUUCGGGAGUCAGGACAGCCAGCCCCAGCCCUUGCGGGCACCCAUAUCCCAGUCUUCUCUGCAAUAUGGCCUAGAGCAAUUGGCUUCCCACAGACAUUAAGAGCACGUUGCUUAAAGAUAACCAUGAACUUGCAUAACUAAUUUUCUCUGAGUGAAAUCAUUCUGGCCAGGGAAUGCCAUAAGCCCAUAGGUCCUCUAUGGGAUAAAAGGAAAGAGAGAAGGAAGCGUAUUCACUUAAUGAGCACAGAGUCACUCCAAGAAUUCCUUGGUGAAUCCCAUGAAGCAUCCGUAGAAUAGGCGACCUGAUCAUAGGGCUCUCAGAGCCCUGAUUUCUAGGCUCCUGCCACCAUCAGAAGUUCACUAAGAUGAUCACCGCCCUUUCAGCUCUUGCAUUAGACAAGAGCAUAGUUACCCUGACAGGAGGUUUGCAGAGAAAUCUCAUGUUCAACAAAACAGAUUAACAUCUAAACUAAUUAACCGACUUGAUAAGCCAAUGCCACCCGCACAAAAUUCCAUCCUGUGCUAUCAUUGAAGCCUGUCAUCUACUCUGUUAUUAGAAUUUCAGAAAAUGUACGGUUUCGUGUUUUUAUUUUACUUCCAUCUACCAAUUUAAGCUGGUGACCGGCUCCUCUGUUGCUUGAUUUGCAUUCAAAUGGAACUAAUCAAAUUCUUACUUCAUUUAAGUGCUGCAAAUAUUAACAAAUGGAGAUGUUGUGUUUAAGCUAAUUUAAUUGAACUGUUCUUGUGGCAGUCUGGUAUAGAGUUGUAUCAAAUCAACACUUCAUUAUUUCAAAUUAAUUCAUCUAUCAGUACGUUCUCAAACACCCUGAAGUAUGUCGAAGAUACAUGUUGGGGUUUCGAUCAUUGUGAGAAAUUCCGAUUUUGACUACAAGCUGGUGGAAUGCAUCUUCUGCAACACUGGUAUUUCCAUCUGUUUGCGGUUCUGGCAAAUGAGCCCUUGAGUUUGGCAUGUCAGGUCCCCACUACAAUAACAGCAAUUACCCUGCUACCUGUGGCUUUCUAGUUAUGUUGCUGAGAGUUUUUAUUCUAUUCAAAUCAAUAACAAUUACACGUCAUCCUGUAACCAAAGGAGAUCGGUCGGCUAGUCAAAGAACUGUCAUUUCAUAACCGUCUUUCAAAAUAUUCAGCUACCCUUAUUAACCUGUCUAAUAUAUUGUACACAGAAAAAGAAAUGGACCUCUGAAGUGUGUCUCGAAAGCCUGAAGUGAAAUGUUUCCCUCGGUCUGAAUCAGAGUUUUAGUGUUCUGUGAACAGGGAGAGAAUGCUUCUGCCUUGAGCAAGGGGCAGGGGGCUGGGACAAGCCAGCCACACCAGACACACGAGACUCGGCUGUCACAAGCUGCAUAUUUGCUGAUGCUAUUGAGUCCCUUCUUUUUUACGGAAACAUUCUUGGAACUUGCCAAGCUUUACUGAAGGUGAUUUGUGCUAAUUCAACAGACCCUUUAAUCUUGCCAAUUCUUGACUUGUAAUACUGUAGCCGAGCUACUUCCAGGGGCUUGAAUCAGUUAGUGGAAAGGGGCAUUGGUUCCAUGCUGUGAGGCGCACAGGCCUGGGGAGGAAGUCUUCUGUGAAGCAGAGCUCUCAGGAAUUCAUGCUACCUGCUUCAUCAUUCCGUCAUUCAUGCCAUGAGUAUUCACCUGCUUCAUUUGUUUUGGCCAGUAAGCGCGGAUUUGGAAAAAAAAAAAAAAUGAGGAAAAAGUUAAUGGAUUCCUAAGGGUUUGUAUAGCUCAGAGAACAGCUACUAGGUUAUAGAACCCACCCUAAAUGGAUACAAGUCUACUUGUGUUUGGAAAUGAAAAAAAAAAAAAAGUCAUUGUCACUGUCAUCUUCUUAUGAUUGAUCUGUCGGAGUCAAGUUGCUGCUCUACAUUUCUUGAGGCUGCCGUUGUCAGCAUUGUAAUAACCAUUUUACAAACAUUGUAUUGAUAAUUCAGAGGUAAAAUCUGCAUGGAUGUAGCUGCUGAAGAAUUUGAUUCCUGCCUUCCUAGGUGGUGACACUGCCAGUUUCACACUGAGAUACCUGUGUAUGUGGAAUUGCACCUCCUGUUGCUCUCAGAGUCCGCAAAACCUUGGUUUCAAGCUCUAGGAUCACCCAUCUGACUUCUUAGUGCGUUUUCAAAACUUCUUCAGUUUUGAGGGUUCACUUAAAACUAAAUGGGUGGUCUCAAAAUUAAAAAGCAGGGUUCAAUUCCACUUGCUCCUCUGUUUUUAAAGAAAGUUCUGAGCUGCAAGGCAAGGAGAGAUGUAUUUCAGAUUGUACUUUCUGAGUUCAUAGAACGUCAGACAUCCUUAUGAACUUAAAAAGCUUUCUGUCCAAACUUUUGGUAGAACAGUUUUAGGAGUUAACACUAGAAGAAUGAGUCAAAGUUUUCAGGUUUGACUAACCUAAUAGGUAAAGAAGAAGAAGCAGGAAUCCUUUCUGUGUGCAUUUCAGCAGUCUUUCUCCUUUGACCAUGUUGGUGACCUUCUCCAAGAGGUACCAAGAACCAUGAGUGAGAGUACCUGUUACAGGAGCCAGGACUGUCCUGCAUCCUCUACUUUGGCAAAUAAUUUCUCAGAACUAGUUUUGCUUGGCACAAGCAUUGAAAUGUAAUGGUUUAAAAAAAAAAAAAA